AUGGGUCAGCGCUUGCACUCCUUGCCAGCUAUCAAAGUGCCACCGCCACACCAAGUCUCCGAUUGGCACGUUCCUCCCUCCGUCACACCGCUUUGCUACCGUGCACAUCGACCCAUCGUGGGCCCCCUCCCUCACUCUCAUGGCCAACGAUACAUUCUCACAUGCAUGGAUCGCUUCACCCGUUGGCCAGAGGCAACCCCCAUGGCGGAUUCAACGGCCAAAACGGUCGCUUCCACGUUUCUUUCCUCCUGGAUCGCCCGUUUCGGCGUGCCAACGGAAGUCGUCACUGAUCGCGGUCCCCAAUUCGAGAGCCGCCUAUUCGCAGCAUUCACCAAGCUCCUUGGUACCACGCGUCUCCGCACCACCGCGUACCACCCUUCCUCCAACGGCUUGGUGGAGCGUUUGGAUUGGCAUCUCAAGCAAGCCCUGAUGGCCCGCGGCGCACCCCAGCACUGGACCGGGAAUCUGCCGCUGGUCCUCCUCGGCAUUCCCGCGGCCUUGAAGCCUGACAUCCAGUGUUCCUCCGCGGAAUUAGUGUACGGCACCACCAUCCAGCUACCUGCUGACGUGUUUCAAGCCUCCCCCGUGCCGCCCGAUGCCCCCUCUGACUACGUGCCGCGUCUACAAUCUACACUCUCCCGCCUUCAUCCUACGGCUACCCGCCCUCCCCCGCCGUCGCCCGGAUACGUUCCCAAGGCCCUAUCUGAAGCCUCGCACAUUUUUCUCCGCGUAGACAGGUUUCGAUGGGCUCUUGAGGCCCCAUAUUCCGGCCCGCACAAAGUGCUCCGUCAUGACACGAAGACCCUCGUCAUCGACCUCAACGGCAAGCCGGAAACGGUGUCCAUAGACCGCACCAAGCCAGCCUUCAUCGACGCGCCCUCCGUGCAGGCCUUCGACACACCUCUUCCAUCGGGCGCAGUGUCCCCCGCUCCGCGCCCUAAACAGUCCGUUGCCUGGGCUCCCUUGCUUCGGACGAUCCUUCCAGUCCCCCGUGGGGGAGGGUAG